AUGGCGACUGUCGCUCGAGUGUUACCUCACAACACCCGGACAGGCGCGCGUGGGAGGGAUUACAUCAACAUGUAUGCCGCGGCGGGCCAGGAGACGUUGAGCGACGGCGCGCUACGAGCCGCAGCGCUUAAGGGGGAGCUGCCGUCCCAUCAGGCAUUUGAUGCUGGUGAACCUCAUGUCGAACCCGCGGAGGUAGAAGAGCCCAAUGGCAACGAGGAGGAUAUUGAGCCGCUUUUGCUGGGCGACGAGUGGGCAUGGCUGGAACACGUCGACGGCGCGACUGCAUCUACGCAUAGCCCGCAUUGCUCAGGGCAGGCCAAACCGAUGGUCACGCACACGCAUCCUCCAGCCGAUGGCCCGUUAGAUGCUCCGGUGGGGUCCGGUGCAUCUAAGCCGGUAGUGACCCCAUCUACGCCCCUGCACAUACCACCCGUUGCACUGUCGGAUCCAUCGCCGCGCAUUGUUACACCCCGUGGUCGCGCGCAGGCUCCACCCCCACUACCUGGUGGUUCAAAGGCUCAUGCGGCGUUCUGCUCUCCAGGGAGAGCUCCAUUCAGUUCUCCCCGGUGUGCCCCUAUCAGCUCCCCUGUUUCACAGGCACCUGCGAACUACACUCCGGUGCGGCGCGAGGAGAAUUCACCAGCUCGCGAGUCCGGCGCAUCUGCAUCGGACGGAGGUGCGAACGGAGUGGUUGCGCGCGAGGAGCGCGGGGCGACACCUGAGGGCCGGCGUGUAGCUGAGCUGGAGGAGGAGAUGCGCGAGCUUAAGCGCAUGGUUGCGCGGCAAUCGCGAAACGCUCCCCAUGGACGCGGGCAAGGAGUCCGGCGCAGCCAGGGCGGACAUCAUGCAAAGACGGCGUCCCACAGCUCAGAUGGGGGGCCGAAGACGGCGCCUGUGCCGAAGAUUGAUGUGGAAGGGGCACGCGUGGCUGCAAAUCCCCUGCUCUACGACCCCAUGGACGAUUCACCCGCGGCGGACGCCGAUGCCAGUGUCCACGUUCGGCCUGUUACAAACAAACAGGUAGAGAGACCGUUGAAGAGGGUGCUAUUCAACAACCCUCUAUCCCCUACUCUAAGGCCUGAGCGCCCUCCCAGGCAGGAUGGUGUGGCGGGCGGGGCAGGUGGUGGUUUGGGGCGGCAGGACGGAUGCGCUGUCGGACCGCGGGGGACAGAUCAUGGCGGUCCGUCCGUUGGCGCCUUCGCCGGACCCUACACACCAGCAAGGUCUGAGAACGUGCGGUCGAGAGGGAGGCGAGAACGGGGCGAGGAUGCGACGGUGGUCAUCGUGGUGGAUUACGACCCUGACGCCCGAGUCCUCAGUCUUCCUCGAGGGAUGCCACCUGCUGAAAAGAUACUGGUAGUCACGUAUUUUCCGAAGAACGGCGUACGGAACAAGGCGCUGCGCCUAUCCCUGCGGCGCCACUUUGACGUGGUUGAGAUAGACAUAAGGGUGGCUGUGGCGGAUGGGAACUACAGCUCGAAGGUCGGCAAGGUGUUUUCCAAGUUCCGGAAUGAAUCGUCAACGAAUGCACGUCAUGUCAUCCUGCGCGUGCUACGCAUCAAUGCAGGGGGGCCGUACAAGCAGGAGAUCACCCCCACAAAGAAGGAGGCGAUCUACACUGCACAUGGGCCGCGUAAGUAG